CCGUCCUUCGACUCAGCCUGCAUCGAUUAGUCAGGUCUGAUGCACAGCGGCGGGUGUGCGGUCCCGGUCUGCUUCGUAGACGCCGCCGCCGCUUUCACUUCGGUAGUGCGGGCUUUGUCGCCAAUUUUCUUUCCCGUUUUGCUCCUGUUUUUUUAUUCCAUCAGGUCUGUCAACAUGGGCAAAAAGGAGGAAGAGGAGAUCAUCAGAAUUGCGAAGAAGAUGGAUAAAAUGGCGCAGAAGAAAAACGGGGCUGGAGCGUUAGACCUACUGAAGGAGCUGCGCAGCAUCCCCAUGACUCUGGAGCUGCUUCAGUCUACCAGAAUUGGGAUGUCCGUUAAUGCCAUCCGUAAGCAGAGCACAGACGAGGAGGUGACAUCCCUCGCCAAGUCCUUGAUCAAAUCGUGGAAGAAGCUUUUGGAUGAGCCUGGAGGUGGAGAUAAAUCUUCAGAUGAGAAGAGGAAAGAGCAAACAACACCCGUUGUUUCUCCAUCACAGGGAAGCCCAGAGGCAAAAGAAGAAAGCAGUUCCAGUAGUAACUCCAGCAGCAAGAGCGAACCCACUGAGGUUGGACCCAACACGUUAAUCAACACCUUCCCUCGUGCCCCCAGCACCUGUGACUCUAUUAGGAUCAAGUGCCGAGAGAUGCUGGCCAAUGCUCUGCAGACGGGAGAUGACUACAUCGCCAUUGGUGCUGAUUGUGAUGAGCUUGGAGCACAAAUUGAGGAAUGCAUUUUCCAAGAGUUUAAGAACACAGACAUGAAAUAUAAAAACCGCGUCCGAAGCCGGAUCUCAAAUCUGAAGGACAUGAAAAACCCUAAUUUAAGGAGGACUGUGCUGUGUGGGAGCGUAACCCCGGAGCGCAUGGCGAAGAUGACUGCAGAGGAAAUGGCCAGCGAUGAGCUGAAGGAAAUGAGGAAGAAUUUGACCAAAGAGGCUGUCAGGGACCAUCAGAUGGCCACCACAGGAGGCACUCAGACUGAUCUAUUCACCUGUGGCAAGUGCAAGGGAAAGUGCUGCACCUACACACAGGUUCAAACUCGCAGUGCUGAUGAGCCAAUGACCACGUUUGUCUUCUGCAAUCAAUGUGGAAAUAGAUGGAAGUUCUGCUGAACCUGCAAGCGUCAUCCACGGCACUCUGAUAAGUAGCAAAAUUCCUGGACCAGGUUUUAUCUAUCUGCAACAGAUUGGAGCUUCAUAUUCUGUGCUGUAUGGCACACAACGUGCCAUAGGAAGAUGUCACUGCAGUUAAUAUUUGAGUAAAUAUCCUGUUCAUAGAUUGAGCUCAUUGUAACGUUCCUAUUGCCCUCUCCCCAAAUCUCAGAAUUAGUUGUAUCCCUCUGUCAGAUAUAUGUGAUCUAUCUUGUCUCAUUUUGUUUUAUCUGCAUUUUUUUAUAUCUAGUUUUAACACUUUGCACAAUGUUGUUUUACUUCCCCUUGACAACAUUGCAUUGAUUUAUUUAAUUUCCCAAUAAAGUGUAAUCCAUUUGAUUAAAAACAA